AUGAGUGAUGAGGAAUCAAGCGAGGAUGAAGUGGUCGUUGACGAGGUGGUGAGAAGUGAUCAAGGAAUGAUUACCGAGCCACAGGUUGAAAAUGACCUAGUCGACGACACGGUGGAGGACGAAGACAGCGAAAACUCACGGAACUCUGAAGACGAAGAUGGAGAUGCAGAUGUUGUGUCCCAGUCUUCGAAGCUUAGUUGGUCUCAGGCUUCGGACCUUGACAAGCACGGUUGGACCGGUCUGAUUCAUAAUGACCCACAUGACACAGAUUCUAUGCGCGAGUGGGAGGAAGAGCAAUCAUACGAUCCGACAAAAGUGAAAAUUGAGAGUUUGCAAUGGAUCGACAGGUGCAGGUGUCUUGGAUUCAACCCAGAAGCGCAAGGCAUCACGAAAGCGUUCAUAUCCGGCCGUGGUCGGUACACCGAUUUAGGAGAAUUUGCAGUCGAGCGGCCCGGCAGUGAUCCAAACGACACCAAGGACACACAACAUUAUUGCUACCACUCGUGGGAUUCCGGCGAGGAGGUCGCUUUCCCUUUUCACGAGGCUUGCUAUGAUAUUCUGGCACGCAGUUUGGGCUACACCCACUCGAGAGAUAUCGACAAGGAUUUGAUGUACAGCGUCAUGGCGCAAAACUCCGCGGGUGACAAGGGUGGUCUCGAAGUGGACUAUGGAUCGACUCGAGGCGGGGAGCAGUUCUGGGAGUCUCGAUCUGGUGAAGAGUAUCUAGUAUGUGACCCCGGCCCAACUACCGGACUCCAAAACGUGUUGCAGAGCAUGCUGCCCGCCAAACUCUUUGACAAUGAUUCAACGCCGCUGGAAUUUUCGCACAAGGUUCACCAGGACCCGUUGUCUAUUCUACCAUACGAUGUAUUGCACGGCGUCUUCGAGUACAUGUCGUUGAAAGACACUUUGUCGCUCAUGCAGGCGUCUUGGUAUGUAUUCACUUCCACGAGGGAACCCGCUUUCUGGAAACAAAUGAUGGUUCUGCAAAUCUUUCCCUGGUUCUGGGAAUCCCGAACCCUGCUCACAGACACCAUAUACCCUCCAGACUUCGACUUCAAAGGCUUAGUUUUGUGGUUGGACAAGGCAACAACACCCGAAUUCGGCUUGGCAGGACCGUUGAAGGGCAUUGCAAACCGCCGACGAAUCUGGAAUGUCUGCCAGGAGCUCGUCACGUAUUAUAUAGAGAAAAUCUUUCCCGUUGAAAUUAUAGAACCGAACGACGAGGACGUAAAAGCCAUCCUUGAUGGUGCCAGGUCCCUUCACAUGCCUGCCUUCAUGCACCCGCAACCCGAAUCCACUAGCACGGUUCACGCGCAGCUCAUUCAGUCUUGGGGCGAGAUCGCACAUCGAACUUCGGACUUGGACACGUACUGGACCGAAGACGGUGCUCUUGUAGGUAUUGCGCUAACCUUCGGCUCCGAGCAGAGAGUGUUUGGUUCUACGACGAAGCACAAGUGCCAUUCUUUGCACAUCCCAUCAAGAAACUGGAUUACUGAGAUCAGGGUCGGUAUAAACGAAGUGGACUUGUCCAACGAAAACUGGAGCAACCCUUGGCAUGAGCAAGGCACAGGCAUCAGAGAUAUCAUCGCUAUCCGCAGAAUAAGUAUCACUCUGGCGUCGGGCAAGACCAAAACAAUGUCCUGGCAUAAUAGAGCAACGGCCGAGCGCUCCCUGAGUGUCCUCCCAGGUAUGCAUCUCAUCGGCCUCACCGGACGAACUGCACCCAGCGGCGUUAUAACCCAUCUCGGCCUCCUUCAAGCCCCUGCCCCAUCUUUCCCCUCGUCCUCAUGCUCCCUCUCCCCGAAAUGCCCAUCCGCCCAACUCCGCCUCUGGGCCUGUACAUCCAUACGAGCCCCCCACAACGGCGCCAUGCACCCCAUCUGGUCGCAUCCAACCCUCACCGUGCACGAUCUGCCCCCAUCCGUCCCCCCGACACUCUUCCCCGCAGACAUCCUCCCGCACCAAGCCCUCCUCUGGGCCCAACGCCCCGCGGAAUACCAAUCCCUCAUGCGCAUCUCCGUGCUGCAAAUCCCCAUCCCCACCGGCAUCGCCCCCGAUGGUACCCUCCGCACAACACCAGACAUCGUCGCUAUUCGCCCAGGCCACAACUGGACCUUCGGCACCCCAAGUCAUAUCGGCAUACAGGGCCCUGUGCCCGCCCAAGAUCCCGCAUGGAACAGUGCUUCCUCCGCUCACGACCUGCCUACCCCCAGGAGCCUGCACGAGAAGUUUAAACCCUUCGACGACGCGUUUACGCAGCACUUCGCCAUCGACGGGCCCGGCGGCGAGGUCGUGACGGAAGUCCAUGUCAGCGAAGACGUGCGCGCGUUCAAGCUGCGCACGAAUCGUGAGCGGGAGGGGCAUUUUGGCGCCCAGAAUGUUGGGGGUGGGUGGGCUGUCAAGAAGGCAGAGGAGGGUGAGUUAGUUGUUGGGUUGACAGCGUGUUUUGGGGAGGCGAGCGGGUAUGGGCAUGUGGCGAGGAGGUAUAGUCAUUGGAGGCUGACGGAGAUGGGGGUUCUGACUGUGAGGAUUGAUGGGGGACGAUGA